AUGAAGUUAUGGAAUCUGAUUUUCACUACAUUUCAGUGGAAUGCAGUUAUCCUCAUGCCCUCUAUGGUUGCUGGUUCGAUGAUAAAGAGACGAUUAUUACAAAAUUUGGCGUACUUUGAAGCAAAUGAAGGUAACACUGACCACACCAUAUUUUGAUAUGUUCUAACUUUGUAGAACGACCUCAAAUAUAUAACAAUUAUUCACCGAAGUGGAGGUGGCUAGUGGUGGAUUUAUCGAGGCCGCGUUAGCGGCGAGGUAAAUAGCCACCACUAUUCACUGAUUCACCUUCAGUUCCUCCUCGCGAGCGACGCCAAACUCGUAUAAGUUGCGAGUAAAAUGCCUUCCCGGUUUGCUGCCCUAGCAAACAAAGAAAUUUCACAACUAAUCAAGCAAGCUGUUCCAGAAAUACACGAAGAAGGUGACGAAGUUCGGUUGGGAAGUUUUAACAGGUAAAGAUUUGUCUUUUUGACUUGAAUUUAUCGAUAAAACAGGUGAAAAAGGUUUUUGUUCACAAAUGCAAAUUAAGUUUAAGUCUUGCAUUAGUUUAUUAAGUUGACUUUUUCAUAAGCAAGCUUAAAACUAAAUUUAAUAAGCUUUUUUACAGAAUGAUUUUAAAUACAAAACGAAUUCACAACUCCUUUUGAAGAAAUUUCCCUGCAAGAGCUAAACAAAUGGCUUCAAAAGAUUUAUUUAUCGGCAAGAAAAAGCGACGACCGCGGUCGUUCGGUCAUCGCGCCCCAAAAUUGUAAUCGUUGGCAGCAGUAAAUGAGUUAAAAAUCAUCAUUUUUGUGCUCAACUAUCUCACCGUCUUAGUAUAUACUAAAACAAUUAUUCACCUCAGUUUCGGUGGCUAGUGCAGGAUAUUCACUGAUUGAGUAGCCAAUCAGAGCGCGCGAUAAACACAAUCCACUGUUUUAGUAUAUACUAAAGUGGUUUAAGUCUUAAAACGUGCUGUGAGUACUGUUUCGCGCUUAAAUUAAAAGCUUUCACAUUUUUUUGCCAAAAUUGUCGAUGACUUGAAUAAAACAUCUAUUGUGGUACCACUUACACCUAAGGCAACUAAUUAACUGCCAGUGAAAGUGGUGGACCGUAAUGAGACCAUAAUAUAUAGAUAGAUUUAGUAUAUACUUAAACAGUGGAUAGUGUUUUUCACGCGCUCUGAUUGGCUACUCAAUCAGUGAAUAUCCUGCACUAUUCACUGAUUCACCUCAAGUUCCUCCGAGCGAGCGACGCCAAACUCGCGUAAGUUGCGAGCAAAAUGCCUUCCCGGUUUGCUGCCGUAAACAAACAAAGAAAUUUCACAACUAAUCAAGCAAGCUGUUUCCAAAAUACACGAAGAUGGUGACAAAGUUCGGAUUGGAAGUUUUAACAGGUAAAGCUUUGUCUUUUUGACACGAAUUUAUCGAUAAAACCGGUGGAAAAUUUUUUGUUUACAAAUGCAAAUUAAGUUUAAGUCUUGCGUUACUUUAUUUAGUUGAGUUGUUCAUAAAUAAGCUUAAAACUAAAUUUAAUAAUCUUUUGUUAUAGAAUGAUUUUAAAUACAAAAAGAAUGCACACCUCUUUUUGAAGAAAUUUCCCCGCAAGAGCUAAACAUAUGUCUGCAAAAGUUUUAAUUGUCGGCAAGAAAAAGCGACGGCCGCGGCCGCCCGGUCAUUACGCGCCAAAAUUGUAAUCGUUGGCAACAGUAUUUGAGUUAAAAAUCAUCAUUUUUGUGCUCAAUUAUCUCAGUGUUUUAGUAUAUACUAAAACAAUUAUUCGCCUCAGUGUCGGUGGCUAGUCGUGGAUAUUUACCUCACUGCUUCGCAGUUCAGUAAAAUAUCCACGACUAGCCACCUCCACUUCGGUGAAUAAUUGUUAUUUAGCCACGGCAGGAGCCAAUGGGCUCCUGGCCACGGCUAAAAGCGAAGCUCCCAUUGAUAAAUUUCUAACUUAAAUAAAACAAUAGUUUUGUAUUCCACAAAUCAGUUAACUUAAGGGCACAUUCACGUGACUUUUGAGGGAAGAGCUAAGUGACUUUGGAGUAAAACAAAUCUUGUAUCGAGUUGAUAUAGCCUUAUAUGUACACCCCAAAAAUAGUCUUCGGUCACAUUUACGAGCAAUAAUGGCUCUUGAUCACAGUAGAUAAGGCGUGGAAAACAAAUUAGGGUGAAUUCUUUGCGUUCGACAAGUUUACUAAUUCUUGCCAAUAAAUCUGGGAGAGUGCAAACCAAUCUUUUAUUUUUUUUAUACACCACAUCUGAGGAGAAAGAGUACUAUGAGGCGCUGUUUUUAUCAUACAGACCUCGUACAAAAUGCAGUAUUUCACAAUUUUUCAAGACAAAUUGCAUUCAUUCAAUAUUCAGGACCAUCGAAGAACGCGUGGACUCUUAAUUAGCGAAACCGUUCAAAAAAUUUCCAAAAUCACCUAUACGGGCAGCCGGUUCUAGCUUUUGACAAGCGCCAAAUUUGCGAAGAAAUUUUAAGAGAGUUAUGCUUCAACGUGGUUUUAUAAGGAUGUGUAAUCUUAAAAAGCGUUUUUUACGCUCGGCAUUUUGAGUGCUCCUGCAAGCGAUGUUCAUGAACGGCUGAAAACAAACGACAAAGCGAUCAAAAUUACACUUUUGAGACUACCAACAAUCAAUAAAGAAAUAUAAUUCUGUAGAACAUUUACAGAGACAACAAUGUUCAUUCCCGAAAACAAAUGAGUGUUUAAGUGUCUCUAAGAAUCCUCAAGUCUUAACUAGUAAGCUUAAAGAUUAAGUUUAUGUUUUAAGCCGCCGGUUUCCCGGUUUUUUGCUGUUUUCAAAGAUGAACUCACGACAAGAAAAUCGCUCAAAGCUUUCUUUCUACAGCCAAAAUUAUAACUAAAUAUUCUUCGGAAAGUUUUUUCUUUCUAUUUACGGUGAAUUAAUAUCGAAUAAAGGCUUUUUAAAGUUCUGUAAGCUAACGCUUAUUUCAAAUUAAACCUCAUACUAGGUCAGAUCAGUGUCUCAGUGAAAUCUUAAUACAAACGUGCAUAAACUACUGUAGCUUCAUAAACUGCGCCGCUGGACUUCAUGAAAUUAGAUAUAAAUACAAUAAUUACUCAGGCUUACCAUAUUUCGAGAUGCAGCUCCUGAAAGCUAUCAAGUAAGGCAAGGAUCGCUUGAGCCUUUAUAAUUCUCGUACGCAUCCAGCAAGGUGAAAAACAAAAACGAUGCCAUCCGAAAUCGGAUUAUCGGCUAUGACAAGCGACGCAUUUCACAACCAAAAACCCAAUAAACAAACCAGUGGAAAAAGACAGUUAAAAACAUCACAAGUUGCCUCAAAACUCUGUCAGCUUCAGCUGUCAAAGUAAACAACUUUUAAGAUGCUGCAUAAAUUUUACGCAUGAACUCACCUGUCAAAUUUUAACCAAUCAGAGCAUAAAAAUUGGACGUGGAGCCUGACCAACCCGUGACCAUACUAAGAAAAGUUCUUCUCCACCUGUAUUUAAAAAAAACUGGCUGAAUUUUUGCGUCUAAGGUCAGUUUGAAAUCAAAAUCGCAAUAGUGCGGGGCGAUACUGACACAAACACAACAUAUUUGAUAUGAAUUUUAAAAAAAGUAAACGUCAGCCUGGGAUCAUUUGAAAACGAGUAAAUUGUCAGCGGAUAAGUUCAAAAAAAUACUUGACCUUGUUGGGUCGAGACCUGAGCCCGCGAUACGGUCAGGUGAUACUGGUCAGCGGGUACCCUGUUUUGACAGCUGUCAAUUGAUGACAACAUUGAUGUGCAAUCAGCUUUCUCCUGGGCUCCCAAAGUAGCUAGAAAGUGUGAGAGUAAACAUUGGUAUGCCUGUGGUGCGGACGGACGGUCGGUCGGUCACGUGAUUACCAGAUUUUCUGGGAUGGGAAGAUUUAUUUACCAAUGGUGCUCCGCUAGCGCGCUUCACGCGCGGAGCUCCGCUAAAAACGUUAUUCCCCUCACAAGCAGAAUUUUACGCUUUGGUAUAAACGUAAGAAAUCAAUUGUUUAGGUACUUAUAAAGGCUGGUUUUCACUGGUGACGGAGUAAGAGUCGGAGUCGUAAUCGGAGCGUAGAACUUUGCAUACGCUUCUGACAGUCUGGCUGUUAUUAGAUAGUAAACGACGGAGUCCUAAGCGGAGUCGGAAGAAAAUGGAAACGUUCUGAUUUUCCCGACGCGGAUUGCGUCGCCUUUAUGACUCCGCUUACGACUCCGAUUUUAGAUUUUCACGAGGUCAUAAGCGCUCUUACGAUUCCGACUCCGCCUUAAGAGACUAAAACCAUACGUUUCGUUUGCUCAAAUAGUCGUGGAUGUGGUUUAGGCAAAAUAUAUAUGUGUGACGGAAACUAACUUGACUUUCAACUAAAGGUUGUCGACCUCGAUGAAAACACUAUAAAAAACCUGAUUUUCUUCCUUUUGAACAGAGAUUUUUUCUUGGAAUAAACGCUACAAAUAAAUUAUUCAGGCCUUCAUAUGCGAUUGCUUCUCAAUUGGUCAUGCAUCCAAAGCUUAUGGGUUGUUCGACUGCGUCAUUAAAUUAAACCAGAAACUCAUAAGGGGUUGAAACCCCUUAUGAGUUUCUCAUUAAACGUAUAGCUAAGUUGCAUACGUCAAAAAAUGUAUGGUCGUAGGUCACCGAGAAAUGUAAAGUUGUAGUGCAGACCAAUUCGGUCUCAGCAUUUUAUCAUGAAUAAUUAUUUCUAUUAUUUAAUUUUAUCAAAUUUUCAUUUUGACUGAAGUAAACCUUCGGAACAAAUUGAUACAUACAUUUGCGAGUGUCAAAAAAAAAAAAGAAAAAACAUUUAUGAAUUAUUUAUUUUUUAGCUUGUGCUAUACAUGCAACUUUUAUUAAGUUUUUUAAUCAUAUCUUGCAACUGAACUUUACUUCACUUGUUUUUAUUGAAGCUCUUUUAUUACUUAUUUAUUCAAAGGAUACUCGUUACAAAGUCAUGUGAUUGCCUUUCAUCACGUAUCACGUGACUUUGACUGUGGGAUUAUGUGUUUGCAAAACAAAGGGUGUUUAUCAUACAACUACAAACCAAUCAGCAACAACCACAACGAGUGCCAGUUGAAUGAUGCCAGCAAAGUCUCGUGUCCAGGAUGUUUAACUGUUGUGCCCGGCGUCAUUUAUUAUGACGUUGUCAUGGUAAGUUACAUCAGUCAGAGCAAUAAGUCGGCCCAAGGGAAGCAAAGAGAAUUUCGGAUCAAUUUAGGUUUGUGGGAAACUGCCCACCUACCACUCCCCUAAGCCAACAUUAUCACUUACUUCUCACUUAGGGCGAAAUGUUGGCUUAGGGGAGGGGUAGGUGGUCAGUUUCCCAGAAACCUAAAUUGAUAGAAUUUCAAUAGUUAGCUUAAUAAGCAAAGUCGUUUUGGAGAGAUGCACGUCAACCGGAAGUGAGGAUUUUUUUCUUUUCACUAUGCCUUGACGAUAUAAAAUUUGUAUUACUUAGUUUCUUUACACUUUUAGAGACGAUUUAACUGAAAAUUUGCGCAAAACCACUGCUCAGGAAUGUAAAAAAUCUACUUCCGGUUGACCUUCGUCGGUCAAAAACGACUUUGCUUAAGUUCCCUGAUAUCAAGCCAGAUCCUUCUACUUCUAAAUAGUACAGUCGACUCCAGAUAUGAUAACUCGAACCCUCACUAACUGGAACCAAAAUCGAUUUCAGCUGGAUUUCCUUCAUACAUUUACUAUAAGUUUACCCUCGGUAACUCGAACCUUCUGCCAACUCGAAGAAAAUUUAAUUUUCUUACAGCCAUCAUUUCUAUAUAUGAAUAUGCUCUCGAUUUAACUCGAACAACCAUGCUUUAAGCGUAGACCGAGUAGAAAAAAAGUGUACUGCAGUCCAAAACAUUAGAGCUACUUUAACAACUUUGACUUUACUUCUUCAGUUUAGUUUAAAUACAGUGUCCAGCAACGUGUAUUUAUCAAGUUUUGAAGUGUGCAUUUUUUUAUGAUAUUACUUGCAUUCAUUUCUCAUCCUAUUUUCGAAUUUGCGGUUAUUUGCUUUCUCCUGCUAACUGGAACCUUUUUUGUAGCUUUACUUUUUGCUUUCCCAUGUCAGAUAUGAAUGCUUAAAGUUACGACCAUACAAAAGGAAAAUUCCCUUCAAAAACUAAUACACUGUCUCUUGAAAAAACGAGCAAUUAUCUAAGUGUCUCGAGUAACCAAAGUUACAGUAGGCUCGUCGUUAACCGAACCAUCGUCAAUCGUAGUCAACCAUGAUCUUACAAAAUUUGAAGUGGAAAGAAAUUAAUCCAUUGCGUCUUAUCUUUAUUUAUUUAUUUAUUGUUCAUGUUCCCUUUUUUUCCAGAUGAACGACUGCACCGGGAGAGAUGGUGAGAACUCCAAUUUGUUGAUCAGUUACAACUAAUUGUUUAAUUGUUGUUAAAUUUUGCAUUCUUGUUGCCACCAUGACAUUAAUGAUUUCUAUAUAAACAACCCUGACCAUAAUAGAAUAUUACUAAUAAUAAUAAUAAUAGCAAUAAUAGUAAUACUAAUACUAAUACUACUACUAAUAAUAAUAAUAAUAGUAAUAAUAAAAAUAGUAAUAAUAAUAAUGUUUCCGAUAUACAUAGACAGCCAAGGAUUAUUCAACAGGCUAGUUAUCCUGUUGUAUUUUCUUUUCCCAUCCAAUUCUUUCCAAACUAGUACUGGAAAGCAUAUAGUCCUUUACGUAAAGAAAUCGUUUCAUUUUAUUCUUUUUCAUUCUUUUGCUUUUAGGUGAAAUCUCGGAUUACGACCUUAAUUUUCCUACCAAGAGCACCAGAAAUUACGUCAACCAGACCUGGCCAAUGGAAUUGUCAAAGUUUACAAUUUGCUUUUGGAUGCAGACUGAAGACACCAAUGAAGGCGUGACGUUUAGCUAUGCUAUUCCAGGAGUACAUAAUGAAAUAACGAUCUUUAAGACGGAACUGCGAAUACAUGAUGAGUGGAGGUAAGGAUCGAGCCAAUACUGCCAGCACUCUCUUUUAACACUGCAUGAAACGAUCCUCAGUUUCUUGGUCCGAGAUCGUAGCCAGUCCCUGUGGCCACUUGAUGGUAUUAGAGCUCAAUCAAUUAUGGCUAAUCUCAGGGUGAGUGGUGGUGGGUGAGGGGGCGGGGGUUGAAAGGUCCCUUCUAUAAACAUCUAAAUGCUCUACGACUCAGUAAACUGUGGUCACAGGAUACUUGAAAUGUAUGCAUUUCCAAAGUUGUUUUCGGCGCCAUUGAAUCCUAUAUCACAUGCAGAGAAUUUAAGUAAGAAUCCACCCUGCGAACGGAUUCUCUUUUUGACUUCUUCUUGAACGAGGAGGAAAAAAGGCGGCUCGGCAGAAAUCGCGUCAAGCUUUGGUAUCGCAGCAAUGAGACCGAACUUUUGGUCGCUUCAAUCUUGUUUUCUCAUGUGAAACUGGUUUUUUGAGUACGAGCAUCCGUUUGUUAAUAAACAGGUGGCCAUAACUGAACCUGCUGUAAUAAGCGCACGGCUACUAAAGACUAGUUUCGAACGGUAUCGUGUCAACAUGCAAAGCAUGUUCAACAUUUUCUAAUCUUAAUUCCUCGAGCAACGAAAUGAAAGGAUAUGCUGGAAGGGUUGGGAACCACUCACAACGUCGGCACUGGCAGCCAAAUUAACUGCAGGUUUCUUUUUGCUUAGUAUACAAUCAACUCUCGCCUGGAUUCCUGGUUAUCACGGAUACCCCUAUAAUACGUGCGGACAGCCUCUGAAUCCCCGGUGAAAAUUACAGAUAUUUGACUAAAACCAAGAGUCCUGCUGUUAUGGACUCUCGCUUAAGGGACCGGCCAUUAUUUAUCGCCGGGGGGGGGAGGCUUGGGGCUAAACAAGGUGAAAUUUAGCCGAUCCCCCCUUUGAAUGUUACUUCGCUGAAGUGAUCCCCCCUAAUAACAGUUGAUGACUUUCGCGAUUCCCCCGUCCCAUGUCUCCAUUUUCCAAGCAAAUUUGAGUGGUCCCCCCUCUGAAUCCUUCCAAAGAUUUCAGUGAUCCACCCUUUUGGGUUCUCAGUUUUGAUCCCCCCUUCUGUUCUCCUAAAAAUCAAGUGAUAGCCCCCAAAUUAACCGUCCCCUCCCCCUCUCCCCCUAGGUGAUAAAUAAUGACCGGUUCCUAAAUUAAGGACUUACGGACACCUUUCUCGGCCCCAACAGCACUGUUUUAGUGUUUAAACUCUCGCUAUAACGGACAUCAAUCAGCGUCUUAACGCGACAAGUUAUGUCUAAAUUAUGAUUCAGUUUAUUCAUUUGUUAUCCAUCUAUUUUAUGAAGGAGCAUUGGUCUGGGAAAAUAUUACGACGGAGUAAGACACCAUAUCUGCGUAGCUUGGGGAAAUGAGAAUGGAGAAUGGAGUAUGACAGUAGACGGCGUAGUGGCCAAUAACGGUACCGGCCUUAAACCCGGAUAUGUUAUUCCUGGUCGAGGGUACUUGGUAAUUGGUCAAGAUCAAGACAAAAUGGCAGAUCCUAACAGUUUCCAACAGAUACAGAGCUUUCAUGGAACACUCAGUGGCCUUCAUGUAUGGAGUUAUGUGUUGUCUCGGGCAGAAAUAGUUCGCAUGUCGCAAGGCUGUAAUAUGGGAAUUGGAAAUGUCCUCAUGUGGUCUGAUUUUCUGAUCUCAAGGCAUGGUGAUGUUGUUGUCAAAUGUCCAUCCAGAUGUGAGAUGUAGUGCGUAAUACACACGUUGGUGACUUAAAGGGACACAGUUAGCUGGUGUACAUGCGCAUUAGAUACCAUUUCUUAGUUGAUUUGCAUAUCAUAAGACACGCGCUUGAAACAGAAAGUGAGAAGUGCAUCCGGAAUACUCUAAACGAACCUUGUGGGGUUGAAAUGAUUACAAGCUAAAGUCGUAAUUAUAGACCCUAAGCCAUAUCGGAGCACUCAUUUUUUUAUAUACUAUUGUGAAUUUACCGAUGGAUUUGUCCAGGGAAAGCCAGACAUCGACGAAUGCUUUCGAAUUCGAAGAAUCAGUACUUUAUAAAUAGACGUGAGAAAUGACACGAAGUUGGAAUCUUUGUCGAAGGUUCAAGGUCGAGAAAGCUCCAUUUUCUAAAUAUAUGUAACCUUUGUCCGUUGACUUUCCAAAUAUAUAUAACGAUUAUUUGCUCUGCAAUGUUAUUGAUUCAUCCUCUUGUUAUAUUCGUAAUCGAAGGCGAUUUCUCCCUCCCGGUGCCUACGUGUUUCUCACCUCUUCUUUUCAUGUUCGUUUGGAUCCUGGUUUAAGUCAAAUAUGACAAAAUAAUGUCAAAGAGUGAGUAAAAGUUUGGUGAUCAAUAGAUCUUCAAUAAAAGAACGAGGAUCGAAUAAAACACUAGGCAAGAUUGAAGCGGAUUUCUAGAUGUGUCCGACGCGUACAUUUGAUUUCGGGUUGAGGUAAACGCCUUCAAACUGGCAAAACUAGUGUCCAGAUCAGCGCGUUCCCAUAGCUGACUGUGUCCCUUUAAUCUUUGUCAUAAAUGUGGACGAAAUAUGUUGAUAUCGACUGCUUUCCUGUCGCUCGUUAAAGACACCGAUGGAAAAGCGCCCUAGGGACGAGGUUGCGUUAAAUCUGUAUAUCAGUUUGUUGUGCUGUUGCUGUUGUUUCGCUUUUUGCUGCUGACACUGCUGUUGUUUAUACCCUUUUCGUUAAAGGAAUUCAAAUAGACACUUACCAUUACCUUCACCACUAUAUGAACUUUACAGUAGUUUAAGUAAAGAGUAUGGUGCUGUGAGAUACCUUUGACUAACGUCAUUCAAGGAAAAGCCGACGUUAAAGUCUUGGAUUAUAAAUUUAACAGUCGAUAAGGUUUUAACGCACUCAGGGAGUGAUUUAUCGGGAUUUACCUGCACGAGUUCAUUAACAAUGAACGAGAAAUUUCAAUACCGCAGCUUGAAUGAAAAAUUUAAAAUUCGCAACCGUACCUUUCAAAACAUAUAUUCCCCAAGCAGUUGCUUUCUUGGUGUUUUUUAGGAAUUGCAUCAUCAAUAAGAAAAUCAAUGUCUGCAUCUGACAAAUCGUCAAACUUUGAGUCAGCCGAGGCCAUGGUGUAAUGACAGUGGUGUGUUGAAUUUACUCCACCGCUAUUACACCACGAUAAUGACGUAGAGGUGGUUGUUUCGUCACAACCCAGUAUCACGUGGUACAUAUCAACCAAUCAGAAAAUCGGAAUUCGUACAGUGUAUGAAAGUUGAAUAAUAAUAUUAUAUAGUAGUAUAGUAUGGUUCUGUUAGCAUAAUUCUUAAACCGCAUUCAGACCGGGAAACUUUUGGAGCCCCCUCGUCGCUGGGCCCCUUUCGAAUAAGCGCCCCCUUCGAAUAUGUUUUUGUUAAUUAGAGCCCCAGUUUUCCCUUAAGCACUCCCAUUCCAAUAAGGAAGGAAGGAGUCAUGGAUGAGAAGACAACAGACGUGCCCUCUUUACAAUGUUUAAUUUAUUAACAUGUUUUAACACUAUACCAAUAAGCGCCCUCAUUCUGCUAAGCUCCCCUAUUCUAAUAUUAUAAUAUUAAGAGUACGGGUACGUAUCAAUCGAGGUUCAUCUUCCUUUAAUUGCUCACAAACGAACGGUAACGCCGCAUUACAAAACAAGGAUCCUUUCGAGGGGAUCAUCGAAGCGGACGUCGGAGAUAGCGCACCGGAAAGAUUUUAUUUACGGUAAUUGAAGUAAGUGGCAUUGUCAAAGCUAUCGGCGUAGAAAUAGAUUAGAAUUCGCUCACGUUUAAUGAACAUUCACAGAAUAUAUACAGCGCUGGUGUAGUACUCUUAAUUACAUGGGUGCCUUAGUAUGCCUUUGGGCAUCUUUAUGAGUUUAGGUUCUUUCACAUAACCCAUAAUACACCUAUUCGGCUAACUCCAUGUUGUACCCAAUUCAAAUCUCCCGGGGUUAAGAUUCUUUGUGUAUUGUAUUUGCAUCAUAAUGUGGC